AUGGAUUCCGACGAGAUCGUGCCCGAACCACGAAAUGUGGAGGAGGAUCUGGAUGAGAAAUAUCCGAACCGCCCCCAUAACACCGCCCCCACGCUUCCAUUCCACGAGCUGUACCUGAAUUUGUUCCACCCUCUCAGCCAGAUCAAGAAGAAACCUGCGACUACUGCACCUGCAAAGCGCAAGGUCGGAUCCAGUAACAAAAGCGCGACACACCAAAGCCCGUACGAGCUCCGUCGCGAUGUUAUCGCACGUUUCAUCUCGCGAUGGCGCAAAGAGGUCGGCAACGACAUUUACCCAGCUUUUCGGCUCAUCCUUCCAGACAAGGACAGGGACCGACCUAUGUACGGCAUGAAGGAAAAGGUCAUUGGAAAGAUGCUGGUGAAAAUCAUGAAGAUCAAUAAGGAAUCAGAGGAUGGCUACAAUCUCUUGAACUGGAAGCUUCCGGGCCAGUCAUCGACGCGCAUGGCAGGAGACUUUGCGGGAAGGUGCUAUGACAUCCUGUCUAAAAGACCGAUGCGGACAGAGCCGGGCGAUAUGUCCAUCGAGGAGGUUAACGAGAAGUUGGACAAGCUCGCCGCUACCUCGAAGGAAGACGAGCAGAUCCCUAUUAUGGCCGAGUUCUACCGGCGCAUGAACCCGGAGGAAUUUAUGUGGCUCAUCCGCAUUAUCCUGCGCCAGAUGAAGGUUGGGGCUACGGAGCGCACGAUGUUUCAUGUCUGGCAUCCAGAUGCCGAGAAUCUAUACAGCAUUUCCAGCAGUCUCCGGCGCGUGUGCUGGGAGCUCCAUGAUCCCAAUAUCCGACUCGAGGCAGAGGACCGUGGUAUAGCACUAAUGCAGUGCUUCCAGCCUCAGCUGGCUCAGUUUCAGAUGCACUCUUUCGACAGAAUGGUUUCGCGAAUGCAGCCUACGGAAGAGGACCCGGUGUUUUGGAUCGAAGAGAAACUGGACGGCGAGCGCAUGCAGCUCCACAUGGCCCCCGACGAUUCUGUUGCAGGGGGUCGGAGGUUUGCCUCUUGGUCCCGCAAAGCAAAGGAGUACACUUAUCUCUAUGGAAAUGGGAUCUAUGAUGAGAAUGGGGCUUUGACCAGACAUUUGAAAGAUGCAUUCGUGAACGAGGUGCAGAGUGUCAUACUGGAUGGCGAGAUGGUCACCUGGGAUCCUGAGCAGGACGCCCCCGUCGCCUUUGGUACGCUCAAAACCGCGGCAUUGGCCGAGCAGCGAAAUCCUUUUACAAAUGGCCCCAGGCCGAUGUUCCGCGUCUUUGAUAUUCUCUACCUGAAUGGGAAAGAUAUCACGAAGUAUACUCUUCGCGAUCGCCGCAAAGCAUUGCAAAGGAUUCUCCGCCCAGUCCACCGACGCUUCGAGAUUCACCCGUAUCAAGAGGCGACCACGACUACAGAAGUCGAGACGUGCUUGCGCAAUGUUGUUGCCGAAGCCUCGGAGGGUCUUGUGCUGAAGAACCCGCGAUCCCAAUACCGACUGAAUGAACGCCACGACGACUGGAUGAAAGUCAAGCCUGAGUACAUGACCGAGUUUGGCGAGUCGCUUGAUCUAGUCAUUGUGGGUGGAUAUUAUGGACAGGGCCAUCGAGGAGGUAACUUGGGGAGCUUCCUAUGUGGAUUGCGCGUUGAUAAUCCCAACUCCUCCCAACCGGAGAAAUGCUGGUCAUUUUGCAAGGUCGGUGGUGGCUUUACCGCGGCCGACUAUCAAGAAAUUCGCCACCACACAGAUGGCAAGUGGAUGAAAUGGGAUUCAAAGAAGCCGCCCACUGAGUUUAUCGAGCUUUCCGGCGGAGACGCUCAGCACGAAAAGCCUGACAUGUGGAUCAAACCAUCUGACUCCGUUGUUAUCUGCGUGAAGGCAGCCUCCGUGGGAGUGAGCGACAUGUUCCGCAUGGGCCAGACGCUGCGGUUUCCGCGGUUCAAGAAGCUUCGUAAAGAUAAGAACUGGAAGAGCGCGUUGUCGAUUCAAGAGUUCCUGGAUCUCAAGUCCAAUGUGGAGCAAGAGCAUCGGGAAAAGGAGUUUAACGUGGAUAACUCCAGGAGGAAGCGUGUCAAAAGGGCUGUGAAGAAGGCGUUGACGAUUGCCGGGUAUGACGAGAAGGAAAAUGCCCAGUACCUUGGACCCUCCGGCCAUAUUUUUGACCAGCUCAAUUUCUUUAUUAUGACUGAUGCAAGCUACCCCGAGAAGAAAUCAAAGGGAGAGCUCGAGCAGCUGGUGAAAGCCAAUGGGGGCAGAAUCUACCAAACAAACACCGCUGUCCCAGACACUAUUUGUAUCGCCGAGCGAAGGACCGUCAAGGUGGCUUCACUGCUGAAAAGCGCGAACUUCAACAUUGUGAAACCAUCCUGGUUGAUGGACUGCGUCAAGCAGAACGAGAAGGAUGUAGGAUUGCCCGAUCUGCUUCUCCCCUUCGAGCCCAGGCACAUGUUCUUCAUCAUGGAGGAUCGAGAUGAAGAAAUCAACAUCAAUGUUGAUCCCUUCAACGACAGCUACGCUCGCGACACAAACGUCGAUGAGCUCAAAGAAAUCCUAAAGCAAAUGGAAAUCAACAAAAAGCAAAGCAACCAUUCUCUCGACCCGCACACCCUCCACAAAGUCGAGUCUCACAUCCAAGCAAAGAUCGACUCGGGAUACACUGCGCCCUGUGGCUGGCUCUUCCGCGGCCUAAGGUUUUACUUCUCUACACAAACUCCUUCUGCAAACGGAGACGGUGCAUCCUCUAAACCCGAGAUGGAUCAUACUCCUAUAUGCGUGGCACGUAACACCGCCCGAUUUGCAUCCGCCAACAUCGCGACUUCGCUCAAAAGUCCGGACGUUACUCAUGUCAUAGUCAACCCGGCAACAAUGUCGCGAGAGGAUAUCAUUUCCCUGCGAAAAUCGCUGGCUACUAGGGCGGGGAAGAAAAUUCCACAUCUCGUCUCGUUGGACUGGGUUCAAGAAAGCUGGAAGAAUGGGACGCUCUUGGAUGAGGAAAGGUUCUCAGUGUCUCGAUGA